UGCGCCGCCCUGCUGCCAGCAAAGAGCAGGACGCUGUGAAUCACUCCGGGAAAAUAAUACGAACUGAACAUCAGCGUCCCGGACUAAUACAUCUCCUUACAUGCUGACUGUUGAGUGAACACUAGACGAGCGUCACCAGCUCCUCUCACGGACACACAGAGCUGUUUUCGGGGAUACAGUCGCAUCAGCCGGAGCCGGAGUUGUGUCAGUCACCCAUGAGAACUGACCGCUGAAGUGUGUGUGUGUGUGUGUGGUUCUGACCCUCUUUAGGGAUGUGUCAUGGCAUCGGUUCGGGUGGCAGUGCGGGUCCGGCCCAUGAACAGACGGGAGAAAGAUCUGUCUGCCAAAUGCAUCAUCGAAAUGGAAGGCAACAAAACCACCAUCACCAACUUAAAAAUUCCAGACGGCGUGACUGGAGACUCUGUAAGAGAGAGAACGAAGACUUUCACAUAUGAUUUCUCUUACGACUCUUCGGACUGUAAGAACGGUAGCUUUGUGUCUCAGGAGAAGGUGUUCAAGGACCUGGGCACUGAUGUGUUAAAGGCAGCAUUUGAAGGAUAUAAUGCCUGCAUCUUUGCUUACGGCCAGACUGGAUCAGGGAAGUCACACACCAUGAUGGGCAUCCCUGGUGACGUCGGGCUGAUCCCACGGAUCUGUGAAGGAUUAUUCAGCCGAAUUUCAGGAAUGACUCGGAGAGAUGAAGCCUCUUUCCGUACAGAGGUCAGCUAUUUGGAGAUUUACAAUGAACGGGUACGGGACUUGUUAAGGAGAAAGAUGGCAGAGACGUAUAACCUCAGAGUCAGAGAGCAUCCUAAAGAGGGACCCUAUGUAGAAGACCUGUCGAAGCACCUCGUGCAGAACUAUAAUGAUGUGGAGGAGCUGAUGGAGGCGGGAAACAUCAACCGCACGACUGCCAGCACCGGCAUGAACGACACUAGCAGCCGCUCACACGCCAUCUUCACCAUCAACUUCACACAGGCUAAGUUUGACGCUGAGAUGCCGAGUGAGACGCUCAGCAAGAUUCACCUGGUGGACCUGGCAGGAAGUGAGAGGGCCGAUGCCACAGGAGCCACGGGUGUCCGGCUCAAAGAGGGCGGCAAUAUCAACAAAUCACUGGUCACUCUGGGAAAUGUCAUCUCCGCCUUAGCUGAUCUGUCACUGGAAGGAGGGAACAGUCAUUUGAAGAAGAAGCAGGUGUUUGUUCCUUACAGAGACUCUGUGCUCACGUGGCUCCUGAAGGACAGUCUGGGAGGAAACUCAAAGACCAUCAUGAUUGCUACUAUAUCGCCUGCGGACGUCAACUACGGCGAGACGCUGAGCACGCUGCGCUAUGCUAAUCGUGCCAAAAACAUCAUCAACAAACCCACGAUUAAUGAGGAUUCCAACGUUAGACUUAUACGAGAACUGCGGGCGGAGAUCGCUCGGCUGAAAGCACUACUCGUGCAGGGAAAUCAGAUAGCGCUGCUCGAUUCCCCCACAGCAUUAAGUAUGGAGGAGGAACUGCAACAAAAUGAAGCCAGGGUGUUGGAGCUGACCAAGGAAUGGACGAACAAAUGGAACGAAACGCAGAACAUCCUGAAGGAGGAGACUCUGGCUCUGAGGAAGGAGGGAAUCGGAGUGAUCCUGGACUCGGAGCUGCCUCAUCUCAUCGGGAUUGAUGAUGAUCUGCUCAGCACGGGCAUCAUUCUCUAUCACUUAAAGGAGGGAAGGACAUACGUUGGCCGUGACGAUGCCACUACUGAACAGGACAUCAUUCUUCAUGGUUUGGGUCUGGAAAGUGAGCACUGUCUGAUAGAGAAUCAGAAUGGCACGGUGACUCUUAUUCCUCUAAAUGACGCUCAGUGUUCAGUCAAUGGCGUUCAGAUCACUGAGCCCUGUCAGCUCAACCAAGGUGCUGUCAUGCUCCUCGGCAGAACCAAUAUGUUCAGAUUCAAUCAUCCUAAAGAGGCGGCUAAACUUCGGGAAAAGAGAAAGAGCGGCCUCCUCACCAGUCUGAGCUUAUCCAUGUCUGAUCUGUCCAAAUCCUGUGAAAACCUCUCCACAGUCAUGCUGUAUAACCCUGGUCUCUUCACUGAAAAAGGUCCCAUCUUUCUCAGACUGGAGUUUGAAAGGCAGCAAAGAGAAGAACUGGAAAAACUGGAAAAUAAAAGGCGGCUGAUAAAGGAGAUGGAGGAGAAGCAGAAGUGUGAGAAGGCGGAGCUUGAGCGCAUGCAGCAGGAGGUGGAGUCUCAGAGGAAGGAGUCUGAGGAGGUGCAGCUGCGCAUCCGCAGACAGGAGGAGAGCCUGCACAGACGCAGUCAGGACAUCGAGGGCCGCCUCCGAGACUUGAUCGCUGAGAAAGAGAGAUUUCAGGAGGAGAGACACCGAGAGCAGAAGGAACAGGAACAGCAGGAACAGAGGAGACUGCACCUGAAGCAGAAGCUGAAGGAGGAGGUGCAGGAGGAGGAUCUGGAGGAGGAUGAAAAGACUCAGGCCCAACGAGAUCGAGCAGAACAAACCGAGCUCCUUCGUGAACUGGAGCGGCUCAAACGAGAGCGCGUGGAGCAGGCCAUCAAACUCCAGCUGGAGCACAGGCGUUUGGAGGAGCGAGAGAAGGAGCAGCUGAGUCUGGUUGGGCGUCUGGAGGAGCAGCUGAGGGAGCGCAGUGAGGAGGCGGCCGCCCUGCUCGCACCAGAUGAGGCACGGCGACUGGAGGAAGAGAGACGGAUGCUCACCGAGCUCAGGGAGGAGCUGCUCAGAGCCAAGGAGGCGCGGAUCGAUGGAGAGGAGGAGGGCGGGGAGGAGGCCCGGAGGAGCGUGCAGGCACGGUAUGAGCAUUUCAAACUGAUGCAGGUGGAGGAGCUGAGUUUGCUAGAGGAGUCACUGAUCCAGCAGAAGGACCGGCUGGAGCGGGAGGUGGCCAAUGAGCGCACGUCUCUCGGGCUGCUGCUGCACACGCACAAGGACAAACAGAGACAGGUCUGUGAUAUGAUGGAGCGUGGCGUUCAGGACUUGUCCUUUCUGGGUCAGGAGGAGGUUCUGAUCCAGCAGGCCGAACACAGGCUGCAGUUUAAAGAGAGACAGCUACAGUCUCUCUGUGAGAAACAUCUCCCUGCUGUCUCAGAGGAGCGGCAAAGAGCCAUUGAGCUACUGGGGAGAGUUAGAGGAGGAACAGGGUCUCCUGGUUUGGACGGAAGUCCAGAAGCUAUGGACAAAGAGCUGGAUGAGACUCUGUAUCAGGUAGAGAAGGAGCUGGAGGAGAAGGAGGAGCGUUUGUCUCAGUACAGUGCGAGUGCAGAGCAGCUGCAGCAGCUCCAGCAGUCGUACGAGUUCACAGCAAACGUGGCCCGUCAGGAGGAGAAGGUCCGCAGGAAGGAGAAGGAGAUCCUGCAGUGGAAGGAGAGACAGCAGCGUGAGGCUCUGGAGCAGGCGGUCGCACGCUUGGAGAGGAGACACUCCGCUUACCGCAGGAGCCUCAGUCUGGAGCCGGACGCCGAAGGGCCCCGAAAGAGGUCACAGUCCGCUCUAGGACAGAGCACUUCCAGGCUUACAGGAACACAAGACCUGGACCAGGACAGGUGUGUAGUUGGACAAAAAAAGACAGCUGUAUAUUAUGUAAAAAUACACAGUAUGCUGUGUCUUUGCUUUAUCAUUUUGUUCUGGGUGUUUCUCAGGAUGGAGCGAGAGAUCGCACAGCUGAAGCAGAGGAUCAGUGAGAGUGAAGGAAGUGUGCGGAGUCUCAGUGUGAGCGGGGAUGAAAAAAACAAUGUGAACCAGUCGCCCGUCAGCCCCAUACAGACCCUCCCUGUGCUGUCUAUAGGAGACGAGAGGAUUAACACAUAUAUUGAAGAAGAGGUGCAGCGGAGGCUGCAGAAACUGAACCUGAGGAACAGAGAGAAUAACAACACACUGUCACUGUCUUCAGACUCACUGCAGGAGGAGGAGCAGGAUAGUGAGGGUAGCUCUGUUAGAUUGACGGAUGAGGACAAUGAUAAAAAACACAUUGAUCAACGCAAACUGAAAUACGAGCGGCUGGUGUCAGUUCCUCUGGAUCCGAGUCCGGAGAGUCUUAAAGAUCCAGUCAGGAUCAGUAUUCCCCGUUAUGUCCUUUGUGGGCAGGGAAAAGAUGAACACUUCGAGUUCGAAGUCAAGAUCACUGUUUUAGAUGAAACGUGGACCGUAUUCAGAAGAUACAGUCGUUUUCGGGAGAUGCACAAAUCUCUGAAGCUGAAAUAUCCAGAGCUCGCGGUGUUGGACUUCCCUCCCAAAAAGAUUUUUGGAAACAGAGAUGAGCGAAUGGUUGCAGAACGCCGGAAUCAGUUGGAGCAAUACCUGCGGAACUUCUUCCAUGUGAUGAUGUCAUCCUCGCCCUCUUCUCCUCUGAGAACAGACGAGUUUGGACUACACCUCUCAAAACACGCUGUGUGCAGCAUCUCUCCUUUCUUUAAGAAGGGAGUGUUUGACUACAGCAGUCACGGGACGGGCUGACACACACACACACACACACACACACACACACUACAAUUAAAACACUCAUUUAGAUAAAUACAAACUGACUCACAGACAGUGAAAGUACAGCCAAAAGAAAAAAAAUAAGAAAUUGUAUUCAGCAUAAAGAUAAUCAAGCCUGAGAACGUUGCAUUGUGAUAUUGUUUUCAUGACAAGCAUAUUUUUCAUAUGACAUUCUCAUUAUAUUAUACACUUUGAGGUUUUACUUAAGGUUUUUUUUUUUUUUACAAGUGUGAUUCCCAUAGUAAUAUAGAUUUUUAUUUUUAAUUCUGUGUUAAAGUUAAAAAUUCAGAUUUUUUUUUAAAAGUAGCAUACAUUGAAAUAACAGUACAACAAUACUGCCAUGGUGUAUGAAUACUUUACAUUUUAAAUAUAAUAUCAUUAUUAUUGUCAUGAAAAUAAUAUCAUAAUGGAAAGAAAAAAUCUAAAUUAGGCUUUUUUAUUUUUGAGGUGAAAUAUGAUCUGGGUUCAUGCAGACACGUGUGCACUCAUUUAGGAAAUUUGAAAAUCGAGCAGGAAAGGUAGGGUGACUUGAAAUGGAAAAGAUGUAUGGGGAAAAAAAGGAUCCAAAGAUUUGUUUGUGCCUUGUGGGCAUUAAUUGAGCUUUAAAUGCUACAAACAUAACCUGACAACAGAUGACGUCUUGUGUUUACAUCGAGGACCAUGAAGCCUGUUUCUGUGGACAGACAGGACGUCCUGUAGCUGCUGCUUGGGUUAGUGAUCGACUCUAAAUCAUGCUCAUGUUGUAGUUGAUGCGGACAGUAUAAUCAAUCUCCACUACUUUAGUCUGGAUUUAGAUGAUGAAAACGGCAACCUGUUACUGGCUCCAGUCCAUAUCUACUCCGGAUUAAAUGAAUUACAGCAAAUCUGUACUAAUAUCUAUGAUACUCAGGCUAAUGUUGAGCAGAUUAUUAUUAUUUUUAUAUAACCACUAUGAUGUCAAAGCUCACAAAAUAGCAUAUGAAAUGUGAGCUUAUGUCUUCCAGCAAAACGACUAAUGCUCCUGGUUCAAAACUAAUGUCUUACUCAACACCCUUGAUGAAGUUUAAAUAGAACAGGCUGUGAUAUGUCCACUGAUAACUAUCGAACACUAGAAAGCCAUAUAUAUAUAUAUAUGCAAAAUGUAUAUGUAAAUAUAAUUUACACUUGAUCUGUACAGAGGAGUUUGUCGUGAACAUCUCAUGAUGUUUGGAGGAAAGGGAUGUACUGCUAUAGUAGCCAUUAAGAUCUUCUUGAACAUUAGAGCACUUGUUUCCUCUAAAAGAGUACUGACUGAGAGUAAGAUUUAUACAUUUGCUUUUUUUAUUUCUGGAACUGGAUGUAAUAAUUUGUGAGUAACAUGACUUGGUAACUCAGUUUUAGAGAGUAACAUGAAUUGUUUAGCACCGUAUUAAAAUCAUUGUUUAUUUAUGUUGGAGUACAUUUGUCAAAGAAGCUUUUGCAAAAAUACAGCUUGUUGAUGCAACCUUUCUGUGUAAUCACAUUCAUGUAAGUAAAGCAGAUCCAGAGUUGGUUUGAAAGAUAAAACGUCUUCCUGUC